AUGGGUUUAUGCAAAUGUCCGAAGCGCAAAGUCACGAAUCUCUUCUGUUUUGAGCAUCGCGUUAACGUGUGCGAGUUCUGCCUUGUCGAUUCACACUCAAAUUGUGUCGUCCAAUCAUAUCUUCAAUGGCUUCAAGACAGCGACUACGAUCCAAAUUGUGCUCUUUGCGAAACGCCGCUACCAGGAAGGGAUACAAUUCGACUACAAUGUCUACACAUUUUCCAUUGGGGUUGUCUCGACGCAUGGGCUCGAAAUAUGCCCGCAAAUACUGCACCCGCUGGAUACAAAUGCCCAUUUUGCAGAGAGGCACUUUUCCCUUCGACAGAGCAACAAUCACCACUCAUAGAGAAGUUACGCUUGCAACUAAAAGAAGCAAAUUGGGCCCGCGUCGGAAUUGGCUUGCCUAUUCUACCCGAGCUUGACAAGAAUCGGUCAACUCAUCCGGUUCCAUUGAAGCAGCCAAAAGUUGCAAACGGACCAACGCCACCUACGCCAACUCAUCACCCGAUCUACCAAACGCCGCAAAGUGAUAGCGUUCAAUACUCCGGAAAUUACAGAACAAGUACUCCAGCUACAAUUGUAGAUGUUGAUGACGCUUAUGGAGCACGAGGAUCAGCCUCUGCAACCGAUAUUACGGAAAGAAAGAAGUAUGGUGAUUCGUAUGGAGGACGAGAUGAUACAAGACCACUGCUGUCAAGAGAUCGAGACUCGGAUGAUGCAAGCAACAAGUACAAACGUCGGCCAGUAAUGCAAUGGCUUGGAGGGAUUUGGAGAGCUAAAUAUGGCAAUUCGGCCGGAGGUGGUCAACCAAUGAGCCGUGGGAAACGGUUGCUCUUCAUCCUUUUCCUGGUUAUCGUUGCAAUAGUGACAAUCACACAUCUAAUGGGAAAGCUCGGUUUCCAAAGCAAUGACGAUUCGAAUCCGAUGUUCGACCCGAUGGCCAACCCGCAUAUAAGACCGUUUUUUGGGUUAACCAUGCACCGAGUCGCUUCUGGAGGUCUCCUCAAAGCGGCUCGAUCAUGCGGUGGACUCAGGGGUCAAGCCGGACAGGCGAAACCUGACAAAUUUGAGGUGUUUAUCGAUGGGAAAUCGGUGCUUGUCGACCCUGGGAUGACGAUUUUGCAGGCGUGUGCCCUUGUCGGAGUCGAUAUUCCCCGCUUUUGUUAUCACGAUCGACUUUCGGUAGCCGGAAACUGCCGAAUGUGUUUGGUGGAAGUCGAGAAAAGCAUUAAGCCGGUAGCUUCAUGUGCCAUGCCUGUCAUGAAAGGGAUGAAAGUGAAAACGAACUCGGAUUUCACAAAGAAAGCCCGUGAAGGCGUCAUGGAGGGAGGUGAAUGCGACUUGCAAGAUCAGUCGUUCGUUUUUGGCUCGGAUCGCAGUCGACAUCAAUGUGGGCAAGAUGGGAAAAGGGCUGUCGAGGAUAAGAACAUCGGUCCUCUUGUGAAAACGGUGAUGACGCGUUGUAUUCAGUGCACACGUUGUGUUCGAUUCGCUAAUGAAGUCUGUGGAGUGCCGGAUUUGGGAACAACAGGCCGUGGAAAUGAAAUGCAAAUUGGAACAUAUGUCGAGAAAAUGUUUGCUUCCGAGCUCUCUGGAAACGUGAUCGAUCUUUGCCCCGUUGGCGCACUCACAAGCAAGCCAUACAGCUUCAAUGCUCGUCCUUGGGAACUCAGAAAAACCGAGUCUGUUGAUGUGAUGGACGGAACUGGACAGAACAUUGUGAUUUCGCACCGAGGUGGCGAGGUGAUGCGCAUCAUCCCGAAAAUGAAUGAUGAAGUUAACGAGGAGUGGAUCUCGGAUCAGGCUCGCUUCUCAUACGAUGGACUCAAACGGCAACGAUUGUUCACACCAAUGGCCAAGGGAUCCAAUGGCGUGCUACAACCUGUCUCUUGGGAGGAAGCGCUGUUCACUGUUGCGCAACGUCUGAAAGAAACGCCAGCCGAUCAAAAAGCAGCUAUUGUUGGAGGCAUGGCUGAUCUUGAAUCAAUGGUUGCGCUCAAGGAUUUAUUCCAUCGCUUUAACGCCGAAAAUCUGUGCACAGAGGAGGAGUUCCCGUUGACGAGCGGUGGAGUCGAUUUGAGAACUAAUUACACGUUUGCCUCGGGACUUUCUGGUAUCGAGAAAUCGGAUGUGAUCCUUCUUGUUGGGACAAACCCACGAUUCGAAGCUGCUGUCUUGAAUGCUCGCAUUCGCAAACACUAUCUCUAUUCUGAAGUCGAGGUUGGCGUUAUCGGAAACCCGGGAGAUCUCACUUACAACUACACCCAUCUUGGUGACAACGCGAAGGCUUUGGAUGAACUAUUGAAAGGAAAUGGCGAUUUUGCCAAGAAGCUUUUGGCUGCGAAAAAUCCAACAAUCAUCGUCGGUUCACAAAAGUUGAAAGGAGAUGAUGGUGGCAAGUUGCUUACUCGGCUACAAGAACUAACAGCAAAGCUCCAAAGUGGAAAUGCGGAUAAGUCGGCCAAAAUUCUCAACAUUCUUCAAAGAACAGCAAACCAAACCGGUGCACUUGACAUUGGAUAUAAGCCUGGUACAUCGGCUAUUCGCAAGAAGCCCGUCAAAUUCUUAUAUCUACUCGACGCGGAUGAGGGAGCUGUGACAAAGCAGAAUCUCGACCCAGGAGCAUUUGUGGUUUAUCAAGGCCAUCAUGGUGAUCGUGGAGCUGAAAUGGCGGAUGUUGUUUUCCCGGGUGCCGCCUACACAGAAAAGGAGGGAAUCUAUGUGAACACCGAGGGACGAGCGCAACGGGGAUAUCCAGCGGUUUCGCCACCAGGAGAAGCUCGUCAUGAUUGGAAGAUUAUUCGAGCUCUAUCUGAGGUUGCUGGUAAAACUCUUCCAUACGAUGACAUCAAGGCUCUGAGGGUUCGAUUGAUUGAGUUAGCUCCACAUUUGAAUCGAUAUGGAGAUCUUGAGGGCUCUUCAUUUGGACACUUGGCAGCUAAAUUAGCACAGGGUGGAUCGGUCGAUUUGUCAUUGACUCCCGCUCAACGAGAUUUGCCUGACUUCUAUGUAACAAAUAAUGUCACACGAGCUUCGGUCACCAUGUCUGAGGCCCGAAAGGCAGCGCAAGGAUACAACGAGAACCCGUACGCCGAGGAGAAACGACCGGAGUUCUACUUGCACGCU